GGUCACUUUGAGGACUCACAAAUUUGACGCGGAUUCCGUGUUUAUAUAUUGCUGUGUAUUUUAGUACACUAAUGAAGGGACUGAUUAAGCGGACGAAUACUUUCAAGUCUCCGAAAUCGUUUAAGGGUGAUAAAAGUCAGGAAGAGGGAUGCUCCAAAGUUGGUAGUAGUUUCCAGGCUCAAAUUCCUGAAUAUACUGAGGAAAUUGAUUGCUAUGAUUCGAAGAAUCCCCCUCACAAAGAAUUCAGUGUAUGGAUGCCAAAUCAACAGCCUAAUGCUGAGGAGUUGAAUUCUUACCUCGAAUUCGCCAAACAAUACGAGUAUACUCAAGAGUUAGCUAUGAUUUUAUUACAUUGGCAUAAUUACGACAUUGAGAAAGCGAUUGAUGACAUACCUAACUAUUCACCGGCAUACAGUAAAUGGACAAAAAAUGAGGUGAAGAAAUUUUUGAGAUGCAUUGAUUCGAAGCCGAGGAAGGAUUUUGUGAAAGCCAAGAGAACGGUACCUGGUCGUCGCAUGGGUGAUAUAUGUGCAUUAUACUAUUCUAUAGCUGCACCUUUCAAAGCAGGAAAUAGAAGUAAAUAUCAUAAUCAGCUGAUUGAACAGUGUUAUUCUCGAGCUGUUCGAGCCGGCUUAGUUACAUGCCGUUGGCGAAAAUCGUCGUCUAUAGAGGAAACACUAGUUAAUACUCCUAAACCUGAAUUGACUGAAGAUCCUUUAGAGGGUGAAAUCAAAUCAUUUUUAGUAAAUUUGGUUGGUGCUUCAAAAGCUACCGAUUUACUCGGUAAUGAAUUGCUAUCUUCACCACAGCGUAUCCAAACACCAAUUGUCUUUCAUUCUCCUGCAAAAUCUAUACAAAGUGUUUCUCCCUCGUCUCCAAUAAAAGGUUCAUCAGCUUCUGUCAGACUAGAAAAUGACUUGAGUCCAACCACAAUGCCUACAACGAACGCCUAUCAGACAAGCAGCUCCGAAGCAUCCUCGGAAAAUGACAGUGAUUCAGUAUGUCAAGGAAAAGGUAAAGGACACAGUCUUCCCAGUGGUGCAUAUUAUGACCAUGAAGAGUUUUUAACAUUUCUAAAUAUGACCAAUGAUCAGUUACUUCAAGAAAAGGAAACAGAAUUAUCCUAUUUACAACGCAUAAACGAGGAACUCCGUGAACAGAUGGACAUUACUGAAGCACGUUCAAGGUCUGUCCUUCACAACAUGGACUUACUCAAACCUAAUGAAGGAUUCCCCAAAGUAAGAUUAAUCUCAUUAUUUACUUAUAUGCUUCCACAUCAAUUAAUUUUCUAA